AUGAGGGAAACAAGUAAGCAUAGAAAGAGAAAAUAUAUCGCGGUUGAUGUCGAUGAAGUAGAAGUUCGAUCUAAGUACUUCAAAAAAGAUGAUAGAACCAUUGAUUUAUCACAAGAAACCAAAAUAAAAAACGGUUCGCAAAGUGACCAUGGGGUAAAUAUCGACUGGAUCAAGGGGUUGAAGCCGAUAGAGUAUUUUGAAUGGAUCGAAUCAAGAACCUGUGAUGAUCCCAGAACUUGGAGACGACCAAUAACUAAAGAAGAAAUGAAAAACGAAUCUGGCGCAGAAAUCCCUGAAAGUUUCUUACCCAUAUAUAAUCGAGUAAGAUUAAUGAGGUCCAAAGUUAAUACGCCGGUAGAUGCUAUGGGAUGUAGCAUGAUUCCUGUUCUAGUUUCCGAUAAAUGUGGAAUACCCAGUGAAAAAGUCGAUCCGAAGAAUUUCAGGCUUCAGUUUCUUAUUGGUACCAUGCUUUCUGCUCAAACAAGAGACGAACGAAUGGCGCAAGCUGCUUUGAAUAUCACCGAAUACUGUUUAAACACUUUAAAAAUAGCAGAAGGUAUUACAUUGAAGGGACUACUUGAAAUUGAUGAGUCUAUAUUAGCAAAUCUAAUUCGGUGUGUUAGUUUCUAUACCAGAAAGGCCAAUUUCAUCAAGAGGACAGCUCAAUUACUGGUAGACAGUUUCGGUUCGGAUAUACCGUGUGAUAUAGAUGGAAUAAUGUCAUUACCUGGAGUGGGUCCUAAGAUGGGCUAUUUAACGCUGCAAAAAGGCUGGGGCCUGAUUGCUGGCAUAUGCGUUGAUGUUCAUGUCCAUAGAUUGUGUAAAAUGUGGAACUGGGUUGAUCCAAUUAAGUGCAAAACUGCUGAACAUACUAGAAAGGAGCUACAGAUUUGGUUGCCUCAUUCAUUGUGGUACGAAAUAAAUACCGUUUUAGUUGGCUUUGGUCAAUUGAUCUGCAUGGCGAGAGGUAAAAGAUGUGAUUUAUGUCUGGUGAAUGAUAUUUGCAAUGCGCGUAAUUUGAACCUAAUUAAAUCAUCAAAAUUUCAUCAAAUGGAGAAUAAAGAAGACAUGGAAGAAGUAUGCUUGCACUGGUUAGACACAAUCUCAAAUGGAAUUACAACACGAAGGCACAAGAAGAAAUAG